AUGGCUGUUGUUGAAAAUAUUGCGCGGGCGGCAGAUUUGGAGGUACAAGAUGAUGCUCUCCAAGCAGCUCAAGACUUGUACAUACAAGCAUUGGUUGCAUUAGAAACACGAAUAGAAACAUUAGAAACAGAAGCAGAAGAGCGAGAUAGAGAGCGGGAGGUAGCCAGAAGGAAUGAAGAACGGCAAAAUGGAACCGAUGAAAAUAUCGGAAAUCCUGAUCAAGAAAACGCAAACGGUGCGGCAUUUAAUAACAAUGAUUUGGGCGGAAUACAACAUCGUCCACGCAUGGAAAGAGAUGAUUUUCUAUUGGAUCAUUUCAAACCACCAAAGUUUAAUGGUUCUUAUGCGGCAUGGACAGAAUGGCGAUCUGCAUAUGAUAGUAUGAUCCAUAACAGUACACUUAACCCAACUCGGAAGCUAUACUUACUAAAGCAAUGCUUGGUUGGUAAUGCGGAGCGGGUAUUGAGUGGCUGGCAAGUGGUGGGUGAAAGUUAUGCUGAAGCCUACAAUACACUUUGUGCGGUAUACGAAAAUAAUUACAGAAUAAUCAUGUCAUAUUUGGAUCAGCUAUUUAAUAUGCCACGAUUACAACAAGAAACACAUGAUGGUAUUCGGUUAAUGAUUGAUACAACAAAUAGUGUCAUCAGACAACUACGUGUGCGCGGUUCUCCUGUUAAUGAUUGGGAUCAGGUGAUAGUCCACACUUUACUAUCACGUAUGGCACCUCGUUCAUUGGCAGUGUGGGAAGAAACGGAAGAAGGGAAUGAAAUGCCUUCGGUGCAGAAUGUCUUGGAUUUUCUUACGAAACGUGCGCGGGCUCAAUUGAAUCGAGAGCAAAUACAACCAAGCAACAGAAAUAACAAUGGUGGUCAGUCCAACUCUAAUAAUGAGCAGAACAGAGUAGAAAAUUCAAGUGGUAACUCAAAUUCGAAACAAUCGAUCACUCAACACGGAGAGAGCGAGCCACAAUGGAGAAUUUCGUGUAAUAACUGUCAACUUCUACAUCCUAUGUUUCGAUGUUCAAGCUUUUUAGAAAUGAGCGUGCCAGAGCGGCAAAAUCGAGUGCGGGAACUAAAUUUAUGUUCAAAUUGUUUUUCGAAUGGUCAUAAGGCAGGAGCACCGAGCUGCAAAAUGAGUCCCUGCAAAAGAUGUAACAGGGGUUUAUAUCACAAUACACUUCUGUGCAGUGUUCCAAUGGCAUCAUCAAAUGCAUUGGCAGUUAAUAAUUGGCAAAUUCCAACUUGGAGCGAACAACCACAUGCAUUGGGUUCACAGCCAAUUUCAACAACUGUGUACCAGCCACCGGGCAUUCAACAUUCAUCUCUCAAUCCGGCAGCGCAAAGCUAUUUUAUCAGUAAUCCAAGUGACAAUCAGACCGGAGUUUUGAGUAACAACCCAAACAAUUCAAAUUUUUACUAG